CUUGCCCUGAUGCGCAUGGUAGCAUGGGUGGUGCUGGGGGGCACGGCUGGGGUGACGGCCGCCUGCGCAACGUACGCCGCCUGCCUCGACAGCGCCCGCGCGAUCGUCGCCAACAUGACGGUCCAGGCCAUGGCAGCGCAGAUGACGCAGCUUGAUAUUGGCCAAGUGCUCAACAGCGACCUCACAUUAAACGAAGCCCAAGUCGAAGCAUACGCCAAGCUCGGCAUUGGCUCGUACCUCAACUCGCCGUUUGCGGGUGGCCCGAAGAACGCCAAGUACGGCUGGAACGCGACCGAGUGGCGCGAUAUUCUCGGCCGCAUCCAAGCCAUUCAUCGCAAGAUCGAUCGUCACCCGAUCCUCUUUGGCCUCGACUCGGUCCACGGCGCCAACUACGUGGCCAACGCCGUGCUCUUCCCGCACCAGAUCAACGCCGGCGCGAGCUUCAACCGCCGCCUCGUCAAGGAGCUCGGGUUUUACACAGCGCGAGAUACCGCCGCCGCGGGCAUUCCGUGGAUCUUUGGCCCGAUCCUCGACGUGACGUCGCACAAGGCGUGGCCGCGCGUGUACGAGACGUUUGGCGAAGACCCGUUUUUGGUCACGCAGAUGGCAUCCCAGAUCGUGCACGGGCUGCAAGACAACCACACGAUCGCAGCGUGCUUCAAGCACUUUAUCGGGUACGCUGCGACGCCGUCGGGGCACGACCGCGACCCGAUCACGCUCUCGGACUAUGAGAUUCUCAACUAUUACAUGCCGCCGUUCCAAGCUGCGAUCGACGCGGGCGCCUUGAGUGGCAUGAUGAACUACGUCUCGCUCAACGGUGUGCCCAUGGGCGCCAACCGCAAAAUGCUCAUCAACCUGCUUCGAGGCGACCUGGCGUUUAAAGGCAUGCUCGUGACGGACUGGGGCGUCAUUGACGACCUCGCGACCUUUCACCACGUCGCUGCCACCGAGGAAGAUGCUGUCGCGAUGGCGCUGACCGAAACCUCGAUCGACAUGAGCAUGGACGCUACCCACACGCGCUUCAUCGACCACGCGCUUGCGCUCGUCGAGGCGAAAACGAUCGAGAAAGCGCGGCUCGCGGUGGCGGCCGAGCGCAUCAUUGCGCUCAAAUUGCACUUGGACUUGUACGCGACGCCACUGCCGGGUGCAGACAGCGUGCCACGUGUCGGGGAUGCCGAGAGCAUCCAGGCGGCGCGCACCAUGGCCCGCGAGUCGAUCGUACUGCUCCAAAACCGCGGCAACGUACUCCCGUUGCCGUCGUCGGCGUCCAGCCUCUUGCUCACGGGACCGUCUCUCGACAACAUUGGUCAUCUCUGCGGCGGCUGGUCGCUCGCGUGGCAAGGCAUGUCGGGCAAUGCGAUGUUUCCGCAUGGUCGCUCGGUGCUCUCGGCGUUCCAAGCUCGUUUUGGCAACGUCACGGCGCUCGAGACAAUGGAUGUCAAGACGGCGAUUGUCGCCGAGUUCACCGUGGUCGUGCUGGGCGAGGGUCCAUACGCCGAAAAGCCCGGAGACAUUGACGACCUCUCGCUGCCGCUCGACCAGCUCGCGUACGUGCGUUCGCUGGCGACGACGCCGACAAAGCUCAUUCUCGUGCUGCUCCAAGGCCGGCCACGGCUGCUCCACGAUCUGCCUCAGCUCGUCCACGCGAUUGUGUAUGCUGGGUUGCCCUGCGAGAUGGGCGGCGAUGCGCUCGUGGAUGUCCUCCUCGGCGUUGUCAACCCGAGCGGUCGGCUACCGAUCACGUACCCGCGAUCCCCAAGCGACGCCAGCGUAGUGCACUACCACCCGCAAGACCAAGGCUGCCACGUCGGGUAUCACUUUGAGGAAUGCGAUCCCCAGUGGCCGUUUGGCGCUGGCUUGAGCUACACGCGAUUCCAGUAUCGUGGAGCACACGCCGCCCUUCUCAACGACGCGCUGCAGCUGACCGUGACUGUCGCCAACGUUGGAGCAAUGACCGGUGACGAGGUCGUCCUGGUGUUUCUUCGAGAGCACGCACGCUCCCGUCACGUGCCCGAGGCGAAGCGGCUCAUCUUUUUCGACAAAGUCCACUUGGCCGCGGGUGCGUCGACAACGGUCCGCGCGACGCUGUCGCUACAGACGCUCGGCAGCUACUUUGGACCCGUGGGCGAGACCCCCACCAAGUCGCCGCUCGAGGGCGUGUUUACGGUGCAGUUUACCAUCGCGUCCUGCGACGUUGACCCGACUUUGUGUGUGACGCUGACGACCACAACAAAGAAAAAGAAGGCGCUGGUCUUUGAGGAGCAUGACGCGAUGCUCGCCUGA